CGUUUACUCGCUGUCAUGGCAACAUAUCAUAUGCGGAAACACUGUAUCCUCACUCAGAAAUGUGUUUCUGGCUACUGUGACAGCAGUUUGAUUGUCAGGCGGUGCAAAUGCAUCGGGCACCUGUCCCUCCAGUUGUGUUGAAUGUCUCUUAGCUAAUGAUGGGCAAAAUACACAAAGGAUUGAAUGACAGCUGCAAACUUCCAGGAUACAUAUCAUCAAUACCCACCAAAUACCAAACAGUGGUGAUAAGCAAUGAGGAUAAGAAAGGGUUCUUGUCACAAGCUAAGAGGUUCCUUUCAGAAGACAGUCAGAAUGAAAACCCAGGGCCAGGCACAUAUAUGUCUCACAGGCCUGCUGAAAUCAGCAGCCCCUCCUUCUCAAAGAAAGGUACAGGAGGCUUUGCAUCCCAGGCUGUCAGAGUUCCCCGUAACCCUCAGAGAGGUAUCCCAGGACCAAAUGCCUAUAACCUGCAGUCCUCUCUGAUCCACAAACACAGCUUUGGCAGGGGAGGCUCCAGAACUUUCCGACUACCAGUGGCUGUACAACAUGAUGGCCCUAAGAACAAGACACCAGCCCCUAAUCAAUAUCAUGUGUCUUUCGAUGGGGUAAAGCCAAACACGUUAGUGUCCGCUCAAUCAGUAUUUCUGUCAACAACUGGACGGAGUUCUAUGUGCUCAAACACUCUAAAAGGACCAUCGCCAUGUCACUACAAAGUCAAUGAUGCCAUAACUCAGAAAUGCCCCAAGGUUCCCCUCUCCUGCUUUAAGUCCAACUCUGUGAGGAUCCAGUCCCCUGUGAAUAACCAUGUCCCAGGCCCAGGCACCUAUAGUCCCUACCAGGCCCCAGAGCCAGUCAGGAGAACCAUCCUACCGAGGAGACAUUACCUGGGAAUAUCAGCUCCCCCUCUGAUUCUUCUGAAGAACCCUCCCCUGCCCGGCCCUGGGCAGUAUGAUGUAGUGAACUAUGGAGAACCGACCAAGCACUUCAUGUCCAGUGCCGUGUUUGUUUCUGGGACAAGCCGUUGGACCCAGGAUGUGCGCGGCCAAGGAGUUCCAGGGCCAGGUUACUAUGAACCAGACACAUCAUCAAAGCGGUCUUUCUUAUACAAUUACUCCAACAACUGGAUUCCAGCAUGAAGCACUUGAAGCAACUCACAUUGCUUUUGUGUGGGUGUUUUUGCAUGUGUUCACACCACACUGUGCAUAUAUUUACUAGUGUACUUUAUGUGAAAUUGUAUUGUGGUUGAGUGGCUUGGUGUGGGAGUUUGUUUCUGCAUGUGAGGAAGGUUUUGUACAAUGUUUUCAUGUGCAUUCCAUGUACUGUAUGCAUGUGUUUCACUGUGACUAAAGAGAAAGAUACAAAUCACUUCAUAUUUCCAUCUAUUCAGUAAUUGCAUUUCCAAUACAGUGUCUUCAGAAAGCA